AUGGAAAUAGUGGAUGGAUUUGUGCUGAACAUCGAUGAAGAGGCUACAGCCAGGGUGUGCACAUUAUACUCAGUUUUCAAUGCAUCCGAUUACCUACUGCGCAUGGUACUCUAUGCUCAACCCUCUAAGGAGCCGGCCGAUGAAGCAAAAGAUGCUGAACUCAAAAAGGAAGACCCUACAAGAUCUUUUUUCAAAGAUCUCUUCCUUUUCAAAGAAAAUGAAAUUGCUGCAAGGAAAAGGGAAAGAAUGAAGACCCACAGCAUGAAAAUCUACCAGAAGACGACAUUUUCGUCCCGAAUGAAGAGUCGCUCACACCUUGCCCAGCUGGCUUUUUUUGCGGAGGCAGGUAGCAGCUCCUAUGAAAAGCUGGGGCUAGACCCCACUCUGAUCCUCAGACUGACAGAAGGCGCGGACAGAAAGAGGACCGUCCACCAGUUUAUUAACGACCAACGAGACAGAUUUCUACUUGAGUACGCAGUGUCGACUAAGAAAAACACAAUCAAAAGGUUUGAAAGACUCAUAGCCACGAAAGAAAGUCAACUCAAAAAAGCCGAGAAAAAGCUCCAAGAUGAUGCCUUGUCCUUUGAAGAGUUCCUACGAGAAAACGACCAGAGAUCUGUAGACGCUCUCAAAAUGGCAGCCCAAGAAACAAUAAACAAACUCCAAAUGACGUCAGAGCUCAAGAAAGCAGUCAUGGAAGUUCAAGCAAUAAAGAGUGAAAUAGCAAAAACAGAGUUCCUCCUCAAGGAGUACAUGAAAUAUGGAUUUUUCCUGCUGAAGUUGUCUCCGAAACAAUGGCAAGUACAGCAAUCACAAAAAAGAGUCCAGUCAUCCAAAAGUAACCAGGUUCUUCCAAAAAUCUUAGAAAAAUUCUCAAUAUGUACCAAUAAAAGAAAUAACAGCACCGAAUCGGACAGGGUAUCGUUUUCAGAAGAUCGCAGUUCAAAGAGAGGAAGCCUAGGAGGAAGACGUAGGAAAUCUACUUUGGGCCAAGACUCUAGGAGGUCAUCCGUGUUAGCUCGGCCUGAGAGCAUUGCCUCGGAGGACAGUUUGGAGUACUUUAUAGAGGACGAGAUAGUGGAGUUUGAUCUGAUGCCAGAGAUCUAUUUCAAGGAGCCGGAGGAGUUACUGCAGGUCCUCACGGAGCUGGAAGAGCAGAAUCUCACCUUGGUCCAGUAUUCCCAAGAUGUGGAUGAGAAUCUCGAAGAUGUCAACAAAAGAGAACGAUUUAUACAGGAUAAGAUAAACAACAACAUCUCGUUCCUUCUGGAGCAUAAGAACAUGCUUAAGGUGAGCUGUGAACGAGAGGAGGAGAAGGCUGCAGAGUUGGAGCUGAGGUCCAGGCUCUUCAACUUCGGAGAAUUCAAUUCCGAUGCCCAGAAGCCUGUAAUCAUGAGGCAGGAACCUUCAUGGAAAUCGACUUUUGCUGAGAAGUUUAUUGAGUUCCUCUUGACGAAUAUCAGACAGCCAAAGCCGAUAUCGGAUACCCCCUUUCACCUCCCAAGUUACAUUAUCUAUCAGCUCAAGAGACUGCAAAAUCAAGUAAAACAUCGAAGUGUCGAGGAAAAGCUGAUAGACUCACUUAGUAAAAAGAUUAACCAAGUCUACAGAGUCUGCAUUGGAGAUGCUGAGGUUGGCAGUCUGAACGCAAUUCAAAAACUGGUCAAAGUGGAGUCUCGCCUGGUGGAGCUGAGCGACCUCAUUGAAUCUAUUCCCAAAGAGAACGUGGAAGCAAUCGAAAGGAUCAAACAGAAGGAGCGACGGCAAAAGCUUCGUGAAGAGAAGAUGAGAGAAAAGCAGAGACACCAGGAGGAGAGGCUAAAAGCUGCUCUGGAAAGAGCAGUGGCACAACCCAAGAAGAAGUUGGGAAGACGACUUAUCUACCGGUCAAGACCUCACUCUGCUAACAAACAUGAGCUACUUUUAAUUGGUGAUCCGAGAUCAAAGACACAGGAGGAGGAGUAUUUUUUUAGUUGAACAGGAUCCUGAAGACACUUAUUAGCAAGUUUGUAUGUGGAUGUUGGCUCUCAGUGAUGCACUACUGAGCUAACAGAUCCCAGGGAUGC